AUGAGUGGAGUACCGGUAAAACUACUAAAUGAAGCACAGGGACAUGUCGUCUCCCUCGAGCUGACAACGGGGGCCACUUACCGUGGUAAGCUAGUUGAAAGUGAAGAUAGUAUGAACGUCCAGCUGAGAGACGUAACAGCUACUGAACCACAGGGAGCUGUAACGCACAUGGAUCAGGUAUUCGUACGCGGGUCUCAGAUCAAAUUCAUAGUUGUUCCAGACCUUUUAAAGAAUGCGCCGUUAUUCAAAAAGAAUUCAUCAAGGCCUAUGCCCCCAAUUAGAGGACCUAAAAGGAGGUGA